AUGCAGUUUUUCUUUUUCUUCUUCUCAGAAUCAUGGUCCAAUGUCCUAAUUGAAUCAGUUAUAGCUGAUGUUCUUGAGAAGCGUCGUGAACAACAGGCUACUCCCCCAACUGUUAGCAACAACACACGAGAGCCUGAGGACCAUACUCAAAUGGAAGCUGAAGAAAAUUAUAAUGCUUUGCAUCUCACUGCACACUAUUGUGAUGAACUCCAAUCCAAUCCUAUUCCCAUACCUGUACUUCCUGCACCUGUCGAGCCUGAUGCUCCAGCUGCCAAUAAUUUAAUGAAUGAUGAUAUUCAACAACGUGUAGACUGGGUACAAACCGAGCAUGAUGCAUUUGAACUAUUUUGCAAGUAUCCUCAUUCCUUCCCCACCUAUGACCCCAAGAACCUGAGCUACUUCGACCACCUUUGUGAUGCCCUGACCUUCAGUCGCAUUGAUGGAGGUGUCGAGCAUGAACGUCCAUGGUGGGCAGGCUUUGGUUCAUCAUUGGAGGCUGUCCAUCGGGAUUACUUCGCACCAUUUCUUAAUGCUACAACCUUUCGACUCAUGAACUGGUUCUACAACGCAUCUCUCUAG